AUGAAGAAAAACAACCGCUACCACCAUUGCAAGGCCAAGAGCACGACCAAGAAGUCCAAGUAUGCGUUUUCGCCACAGCGAGAGCGCCAGGAAGUUCACGACAAGCUAACAUCGGAGCGCCACAAAGGUAAGGACCCUGAUACUUAUGUGCAUAGUCAGAUCCGAUCCGGUGCCCUGCUUUGCAAGUCUCUCCCCGGCGUGUUGACUCGCGCGUACGACUACCAGUUUGGCAUUGAAGGUCCCUCGAUAAUGCACUGCAGCUUUAUGGACAGAAAGAAACGUAUGGAGUGGAUAGACUCGGGCAGUGCCAAUUUCUCGAACUUUUCGGCGACAGCGGACUUCGAACCAGCUCCAGCAGCCACCAGCAUCAACGACGUUGUUGGUGCGGUGCGCGUUUUCCAGGUGUUCGCGCGCGAAUACUGCGUCACUAGCGCGAUUGAGCUGGUGGAUGCCAUCAUUGGAUUUAUUGAGGCCAAGAUUAUGGCUCUGCGCUGGGAACCGGAGGACAUACCGGCCUUUGUUUACUGGGUGAACGACGUUCUCGAAAGCUACCAAAAUGCAGUCGCGUCUUCGGAUAAAGAUCCGGGUGCUAUUCGACUUCGAUGCACGCUGGAUGACCCCCUUCUGCUUGAAAUAUUGCAAGAAGUCCAAGAACGGCGAAUUCAGCAAUUAGAACAGAUGAGCUCAACGAGUAGAGCACCCUUUGGCACGGUCGAAGCAACGCAGGCCAUCCCGGGCCGAAGUCGCCGGCUCUGCAUGCGGUUUCUAUCGAAUGCAGGGUGUGAUGCCGAUCUUCAUGAAGGAGCUCACGACGGCCGGGCCCACUUUGUUCCGAAAACGCUAGACGCCUUGGUCAAAGUCGAGAUCGAGAAGCGCUUCGAUGGACUGAAGCUGCAAUACAAACACUUAUGA